AACUAUUGCUGACACAAACGACUACCAUAUGGCUUGUAUGUACGAACGCUAUACCAAGACAUAGCUGUGCGGGGCGUGGAAAGAUCCAGCAAGGCUCGCUCGUCCAACACAGUACUCGGGAGCCGCCACCUUCCUCAUCCUCUUCAGUCUUUUCUACGAGAUCAAGUACAUUUGCUCUUGGCGGUGGCUGGGAAUUUGAAGCCAGAGUCAGAUUGAGUCUACUUCCUGUUGGUGUGUGGUGCUGUUGGGCUACUAGAACCCGAACCCCAUGUCAAGGAGUGAGAACUCUGCGCUGAUCUAGCCAUCCAUGCACCGAGAAGACCAGUGGUGAACCUGGCGUGACCAAUGGAGCAUACAAUCACAUACGUCAAAGAGGCUUUUCCAGAAAAACUGUAUCGCCCAUCCCGUUGAGCCCAUCGGCAGCUCUGACUAGAAUCGUGCAUAUAAAAGACACUUCGAUUCUGCACCUUGUACCUGCAGUCAGGAACUUACAAAUUCCCUAGAACCUCACAAGCGUGCUAUAACCUUUCUUGUCAGCCUGCUCGAUCAAUCAAAUGGCUCCCUCAUCCACCCUCGUCUCUCUCCUUUUCGCCUCUGGCGCAUUAGCAUCCCCAGCCCUUUACCGUCGUCAGGAUGCGGUGACUGUCACCCAAACUGUGACAGGUUCCUCUCCAGGAGCUACUCCCUGGAAUUUGGGCGCUGUGAACGAGUUCCCUAUCCACUCCUCGUGCAACAACACCGAAGCAGCCCAAAUCAAGCGAGGUCUGGAUGAGACGCUCACCCUUGUCAACCAUGCGCGCGAUCACAUCCUUCGAUGGGGCAAUACUUCCGAUAUUUACCAGAAGUAUUUCGGCAAUGCCAGCACUGGUGAGCCCUUGGGAUGGUUCACCAAGAUUGCUAGCGGAGACAAGGCAGGUGUACUGUUCCGCUGUGACAACCCCGACAAGAACUGCGAACAAGAAGGUUGGGCUGGUCACUGGCGAGGCGAGAACGCCACUUCAGAGACUGUCAUCUGCCCUCUUUCUUACGAGACACGCAAGUCUCUUGACGGCAUGUGCGGUUUCGGCUACGACGUUGCCAACGGCGCGACCAACUUCUACUGGGCGUCCGACCUGCUCCAUCGUCUCCUUCACGUCCCUAAGGUCGGCGAGGGGGUUGUUGAGCACUACGCCGGUGAAUAUGACGAGGUUCUUGAACUUGCCGAGAGCAACUCCGCCGAGGCUGUGCGAAACAGCGAUACUCUUCAGUACUUCGCCCUUGAAGCAUAUGCUUACGACAUUGCUCUCCCUGGCGAAGGUUGCGCUGGAAAGUUGCAGGUCUCCAGCUCUUCCUCUGCUGCCGCUGCGCCCAGCUCAGCUGCUUCGAGCGCCGCACCUGCACCUGCCAGCACAACUCCGAGCGCAACCACGGCUCAAGCCCCUUCAACUCCCGCGAGCGCACCAUCGGAGUGUCACACCCACUCGAACGGAGUUGUUCACUGCUCUUAGAUUGGCGAGGGGAGAUUUGUAUAUGAUACCACGACUUCAUACCUA